AUGGAAGUCGUCGAUGUUGAGGAGAUGGUAGCAAUGUUCCUCCACAUUCUGGCGCACGAUGUGAAAAAUCGUGUCAUUCAACGAGAGUUCAUGCGGUCGGGUGAGACAAUUUCCCGCCAUUUUAACAUGGUCUUGUUGGCUUUCAUUCGACUUCAUGAGGAGCUUUUGAAAAAACCACAACCAAAUUGCCUAGAUGCAUUAGAUGGAACGUACAUAAAAGUCAACGUUCCAGCAAGUGAUCGGGCUAGGUAUAGAACACGCAAGGGGGAGGUGGCCACAAAUGUACUUGGCGUGUGUGACACGAAAGGAGAUUUCGUUUACGUACUUGUCGGUUGGGAAGGAUCAGCUGCGGACUCACGCAUCCUCCGUGAUGCCCUUUCAAGACCUAAUGGGCUUAAGGUGCCUAAGGGCUAUUACAACCUGGUUGAUGACGGGUACCCAAAUGCGGAGGGUUUCCUGGCACCAUACAGAGGCCAACGCUAUCACUUACAAGAAUGGCGUGGCCCUGAAAAUGCACCUUCAACGUCGAAAGAGUUCUUCAAUAUGAAGCAUUCGUCUGCUCGUAAUGUAAUCGAAAGAGCAUUCGAUGUCUUGAAGGGUCGAUGGGCAAUACUGCGGGGAAAGUCAUACUACCCUGUACAAGUUCAAUGUCGCACAAUACUCGCAUGUUGUCUCCUCCACAACCUUAUCAAUAGGGAGAUGACAAACUUUGAUAUACAAGACAACAUAGAUGAGGUUGAUUCCACCCACGCGACUACUGCCACCGAUGACAUACAUUACAUAGAGACAUCAAAUGAGUGGAGUCAAUGGAGGGACGACCUUGCAGAAGAAAUGUUUAGUGAAUGGGAGUUGCGUAACCAAUAG